GGGAGUUGUACGUGUGUGAUAUCACAGAUCUUGGUCGCAUUGCCGUUGGGAGGAUCUACAUGGCACUAGUGAUCUCAAUAUUCGAAUGCUCAUAACUUUCUUAUUAUUCAUUCAAUCUUCCUCAAACUUUCAACAAUAUGUUUCUUUGAUUUUUCUCUUUGAUAUGGAUUCAGCUGGUUUCAAGGGUUUCAUUCUCCUUUAAUUACUAGUAUCAUGUGACUAGUCACAUGAUAAUUAUUAAAGUCGGAGAUUGAUUUUGAGGACUUGUCGAGAAACCAAGCAAGGGCAAAGUCGGCAAACCAUCAACAUUUGGGAAUUAAGUUCUCUCAGCUAUCACAUGGAGGAGAAGAAGGAUGCUUUUCUUUAUUUUAAUUGUUCUUGCCAGUUGUUGGCUGCAGACAAAUGGAGAAUUGACCUUUGACCUCAAUGGGCAGUGGAAGCUGACCAAUUCAAAUGGCAGUAUUUCCAUUCCUGGUCAGGUUCCAGGGAGCGUUCACACUGACCUCAUUUCAUCGGGUAUCCUGUCUGAUCCAUACUAUCGAUUCAAUGAUGAUCUCUAUAAAUGGGUAGGCAGGGAGAACUGGACCUACACUCACAGCUUUACUGUGCCGAGUGAAUUGGUGAAGAAACACAAUGUAAAGCUGGUGAGCAAAGGCCUUGAUACGAUUGCAAACAUCACUCUCAAUGGCAUUCCAGUUGGUUCAUCAACAAACAUGUUUGUACGUCAUGUGUGGGAUGUGACACCUGUAUUGAAGGUUGGUGAGAAUAUCAUCCAGGUUGCGUUUGAGUCACCGAUCACCUUCUCGGCUACCAGGUUCAGCUCAUACCCCUACGACGUACCCCCUGAUUGCCCUCCUCCCGUACAACAUGGGUUCUGUCAUCCAAACUUCAUCAGGAAAGAACAAAGUUCCUUCUCAUGGGAUUGGGGCCCAGGCUUUGCCCCUAUCGGCAUCUGGAAAGACAUUUAUUUGGAAGCAUUUGAUGAUCCCAUCCUCAGAGAUGUGACUGCCAUUUCAUAUGAAUCGGGAAAUUCUGUCUCCGAACCCCCAAAUCCAGGAUGGCUGAAUAUCACCAUGUACUUUGAUCUUGGGAACCUUCCCUCCAACGAGAGCAUUAAUGCCACAGUGCUGGUGUGGUUUCCUACCAUGAAUUAUACAAAGAUAUUUGACAUUGAGAUUGAUAUUGACCAUGACCAGAUCAGCAAGCAAGUCUUUGUCCCAAAGGCAGAAUUAUGGUACCCUCAUGGGUAUGGCUCCCAGACCCUAUAUCCUCUCAAUGUCACCUUGAAGAUUUCAAGGUCAGGUGAGACCAGCUCAAGGUCAAUGAAGGUCGGAUUUAGAAAUGUGGAGCUUGUGCAAGAAAAGAUUGCUAAUAGUACAGGAUUGUCCUUUUACUUCAAAAUCAACAACAUUCCCAUCUUCAUCAAGGGUUCUAACUGGAUACCAGCGGAUGCAUUCCAGGAACGAAUCACCCGCAGCAACCUGACCGGCCUCCUCCAGUCGGCAAUUGAUGCCAACAUCCACGCCCUAAGAGUCUGGGGUGGGGGCGUCUACGAGCGAGAUGAAUUUUACGAGCUCUGCGAUGAGCUUGGGAUUAUAGUAUGGCAGGAUUUUAUGUUCGCCUGUGCUAUGUAUCCAGUUGAUGAAGUGUUCCGUUCAUCAGUUGCUGAAGAAGUCCACUAUCAGGUGCGCAGAUUGAGCAGUCACCCAUCUAUCAUCGCAUGGAGUGCAAAUAAUGAAAAUGAGAAAGCAUUGAGAAAAGAUUGGUAUGACACCAGCAGGAAUUUCACCAGAUAUGAGAAUGACUACAUAGCCCUCUACAUUGGGGUGAUAAGAGAGAUAGUCCUCUCACAAGCAACUGGUCUACCGUUUAUGAGUUCUAGUCCCUCUAAUGGUCUACUGACUGAGAUGCAGGGCUGGGUGGCCAAGGACCCGUCUUCUGUGUAUUAUGGUGAUGUCCACUACUACAACUAUAGUGCAGAUUGUUGGGAUGUAUCCAGCUAUCCUAAACCACGUUUUGCCUCAGAGUAUGGAGUCCAGUCCUGGCCGUCGUUCAGGACACUCGGUCCUGUUUCCAUAGCAACUGACUGGUCCUACUCCAGUGCAUUCAGUAACCACAGACAGCACCACAUGUUUGGUCAGGCCCAGAUAUUGGCUCAGAUCCAGAGACAUUUCAACCUACCAUCAUCAAAAGAUCACCUUGUUUACUUCAAGGAUUUGCUCUACCUAACACAAGUAUCCCAAGCCUUGUGCAUCAAGUUUGAAACAGAGCAUUAUAGACGGCUUCAGAGCAUCUUGGUCGAUGGUCAAGGUCACUGUAUGGGGGCGCUCUACUGGCAGCUAAAUGAUAUCUGGCAGGCUCCCUCGUGGUCAUCAAUAGAAUAUGGAGGCCAGUGGAAGAUGCUUCAUUACUAUGUGAAGGAUUUCUUCUCUCCCAUCCUUGCCUCGGGCAUGAUACAAGAUGAAGAGCUGUAUGGCUACUCAGUCACAGAAACAGACAACCUUGUCGAUGCUAGCUUCGUCACCUCCAUCUGGUCUUGGACAGAUCUGAAACCAAAGUAUCAAGUUACCAAUCAGUUUUCUCAGAAUGCACUAUCAUCUAAGAUGGUCCUCAGAAUACCCCUCGAUGACCUCCUUCAGAAAGCAGCGUGUGGUUCAAACCCUCUUCCCACUUGCUUUGUAACCAUGGUGAUAUACCAUAACAACUCCACCCAACUCUCACCAAUCAAUCCUCUCUUUCUGUCAUCCUUCAGUGAUGUGAUUGGACUAAAGAAACCAGUUAUAAGAAUCUCUUCUGUCAGCAAAGUUUUAACAGAUGAGUUCCUCAUUACCCUCAAAACCAGCAGCAUUGCUCCAUUCACUUGGCUGGACAGCGGUGGUCUUAGAGGGCGCUUCUCACAAAAUGGCUUCCUAAUGAUGACGCCCUCGAUAUCGGUGACUUUCUUUGCAUGGGAGUCAAUGUCUACCGAAGAACUUGCCAACUCACUCACAGUUUCAUCUUUAAUGGACUUGUAUUGAAGAAUGAUUUUGGAUUGAAACUGGUUUAAAGCUUUUGACAGUCUUGUCACACAUUGCAUUGUAGGAGUUUUUAGAGAUAAACAAAGCCUGUUACAAAUCGCAAUCCAUGCCUUGCAGUGCAAUUUUUUAAUACUUUUUCUGAAGUAAAAUCCACUUUGUGCAAUCUUUACUCUGAUCAAUGGAUGUAUGGGUUGGAAAUGAUUAUAACUAUGUUAUAAAAGUAAUGAAUUCCACCUUCAGAAUUCAACCCUUUAGACUUAUUUGUUUUCAAACUAAAGUAGAAUUUUUACACCAUUUAAAAUGAUGUUAUUGUUAAUGGUGUGUAAAUUGAAAUCUGAAUUAAAAAGAUUAAGAAGUAAUGAUGUUAAAUAUCUUAGCACUAAUAAGUUUACUUGUACAGAUGUCCAGGCUCAAAUCCCUCAAAUAUUGUUGGGAUGAAUUUUGUAGCAUUUUGAUAGAAGAUGAUGAUAUUAUUAAGCAUGUGUAAUCGCAGUAUUCUUUCAUCUAAUGUAAUUGUAUGUUUAUUGUUAUGCAAGUAUUGUUUAUUGUUGCCUACUCCUGGUCAAAUGCUUCCAAACAAUAUUUGGCAACUAUUUUGUUUAGUCAUUAAUCUGUGGAUCAAGUAUUAUUGUUUGAGACGGGGAAGCCACUAGAAUUAUGUUUCUAGUAUUUUAUCUGUUUUUAGUCUGCUUUCAUAAUGAGUUCAGACAGAAGAGAAACUUUGAUAAAGCAUUAUUUACCAUCAUUUUAUCAUCAUAAAAUUUGAUAAAAUUCUAUAAUUAUUUGUUGUUUAUUUGCUUUAUCGUGGAAAUUUCAAAAUUGACCCCUUCAGCAUGUGCUGCUGGUCAACAUAUGUGAAUGUAUAUAUACUGAAAUAUAAUAACGCAUGACUAUUUUUGGUAUAUUUCACUAUUUCAGAUCUUUUUAUUAAUCUCUUUUUUUUCAUACAUGUGUAUAAAACGAUCUUCCUUGUUACAAAAUUGAUUACAGCAAUGGUGUUGGCAGUCUAAGUUUUUACACCAUUGAAACAUAAAAUGCGAAUCAUUGUAAUUUCAUAUGAUAAACCAAAAAAAAGAUAUUGAGAAAAGACAUCUGCUUUCUUAUUACAUAUUCAUAAUGGCAUGCAUAGAAAUAAAAACCUUUAAUAACUUUGUAAUUACUCAUCUAUCAUAAUGAAAUGCUCAUAUUUCCAUUAAUUUCCAUUGGAAAAUUUCUUAUUUUUAAAUUCAAAUUUAGAUUUGAAUUAUCUUGAAUUGUAUUUUUUAAACAGUACUAAGUUGCCUGAUGUGACUUAAUAAAUUAAUAUGCAGAUUGAUAGCAUUGUGUGUUUUACCCUACUGAUUUUAAGUAAAUAUUAUAGCACUUCCUUUUUUGGUCCUACGUUUUAUUAAAAAUGGUAUAACCCUUUUUGACUUGGAGCCACCGUUUGCGCUUGUCAGAUAAAUUCUAAAAGAUCCAGUUUCAAAAUUAACAAACUUAAAGUUUCUCUUCUUUUUUCAAAAUCUAUGCUUUUAGUAAUUUGAUUGAUUGAUUUUAAACAUAUAAAAAUAAAUUACACAGGGCAGCCCAAAGGCUUAAUAUAAAUCUCAUGAGUUUAAGAAAUAGAAAUGAAGUCAGCUACAGCUACAUUUGUAGUAAUCACAAUAAAAAGG